GUUUGUUUGAUGCAUCAGACUGAAGCUCAGACGUGGGAGACCGAAAAGAACCGGCUCGGUAUUUUUCAUUCGGUCUCAUUUUUUCCCCUUCUUUCUCCCAAACAAGCGCUGAUGACGUCACAGAGUCGGGCUCGUGCAGCAGCGUGUAUCCGACAGCGUCCUCACACAGGUGAACCCCGCGCGUGCUCACGGCGCUGAAAACGGGACUGCAGCAGGGCGUACCCCGCGUCGGUCCACCAGAGUCCAGAGAGGAGGAGGUAAACGUGGGAACGGAGCUCUUUGUGCGCAGACAGCAGCCGCGGGUGUGACCUGCAGACACAUCACCGUCAGAACCGCCAUGGACCGGGACCAAGGCCGGGAACGGAGUACGGCCACGGGCACGCGCUCCGAGCCAGGCUCAGCCUCCGAGGGUACGCGGAUCAGCGCGCAGAACUGUCACGAACUGCUGAGCCGAGCGAAGCGGGAGCGCGCGGAGGACGAGCAGGAGCGCGUGUACAGCUACAUGAGCGCGCACUACCUGGAGGUGCUGCGUGCUCCCGCGCUCUACGGCCGUCUGAGCGCCGCGGAGCGCUCGCUGAUCCUGAGCAGGAGGACGGAGCGGGCGGGGCUAGAGGCGGGGGGGAGGGUGUUGGCGGUGGCGGAGAGCGGGGAGGAGGCGCGGGGCCCGCGGCGCGUGCUUUUCCUGCACCCGAGUGCGCGGCGCUGGGAGGAGCUGACCCGCCUCCCGGAGGAGGUCCCGCCCACCGGCUCCGGGAUGUGCACGCUCUUCAAUUACCUGUUUGUUGCAGGCGGUCUGCGAGGGGGACGAGCCCAGGACGGCGUGCUGUGCUUCGACCCGUUGAGCGGGCGUUGGAGCAGCGUGCGGGCGCUGGGUGAGCCACGCUGCCAGCUGCGGCUGGUGGGCAUGGAUGGGCUGCUGUAUGCGGUGGGCGGGGGCUGCCUGCUGAGUGUGGAGCGCUACGACCCGCGCGCCGACAGGUGGAGCCACGUGGCGCCACUGCCCAAAGGCUCGUUUGCUGUGGCGCACGAGGCCACGGCGUGUGAUGGCCAGCUGUUCGUGUCGGGUGGGUCGCUCUUCUACCGCCUGCUGCGUUACGACCCCCGCCGAGACGAGUGGGAGGAGUGCCCAUUCAACGAGAGCCACUGCCGCUCCGCCGACAUGGUCGCGCACCGUGGCCUCGUUUGCCGCUUCGACGUGGACCGCGAGCGUGCCGAGGUCAGCGUGCACAGGUACAGCACAGUGGUAAAGGCGUGGCUCGAGGGCGCCACCUUUCCGAUGGAGAACGCGCUGCCAUUCCGCUGUGCUGUGCUCGGCGACCGGAUCUACUGCGUCAAUCGCAGCCGCACGCUGCAGUUCCACGUCAGCGAGGAGGGCUCCGGCUUCCUGCCUGAGGCCCUGCCAGCCCCCGCCGGGACCCGGGGCAACCUUGUGCCCUUUGUCCUCAGCCUGCCUCAGAACACUCUGACCUCUGACCCCAGAUCACAGACCGUGACCUCUGACUCUGGCCUUUAAGAACUGCACUCGGGCUGCUUGGCCCCUCCUUGUCGCCGUGGUGCCUUCCUGUUCUUGACUUUGACCCUAAGAAUGUUUCCUGCAUGUGCAUGGGUAGCGGUGGGCGGAGCUGAAACUGUAACGCAGUUUUUAUUCGGACACUUCCUGUCUGUUUUGUGACUAAAGCCGUCAGAGAGGACGCCGCCGCUCGUGAGGAGGAGGAGCUGAAGCGUGUUCAGAGAUAUUGAUGUCGGACUUUAACCAUCAGUCCUGAUGCUGCAUGUCGAUCAAUAAAGCAGAAAUCAGAGUGAAAGCAAAUGUGUG